AUGAUCCUGGAAGCUCUCCGUCAGGUGGAUGAAACAGAUGAAAAGCAAUUCAUCAUAGAGGACAUGGUAAUCUCAUCUGUGUUGCUUCUAAAAGAGGAGGUAGAGAUAUUUCUUGUUCUACGCAGAUCCGAACUUGGCAACGAGAGGAAUGGUAAUCGGGUAUGGGAGUUCAGCAUUUCCACAGCACAAAAUGGCCUUUCUACUCAAUACGUUAAAGGACGUGCGUACACAUCGCUUGCGACGAUGGAACUCCCGUGGAAAGAAUCAUGCGAGAGAAAAAGUUGGGAGUACCAGUCAUUGACGCCCACAAACUGGUAUGACGAGCUUGUAGCCAAAAGAAGUAUCAGAAUUGGGGGUUGUUUCCUCUCUGCAAGGGAUUUGCACCAAAACGAGUCAUUUCUGCCAGUCUCGGUAGACAGAAUUGUAAUAGCAAACUCACAAGAGCAAGACUGUAUGAUCGAACUUAGAUCUAAGUCCGAUUUUCUGGGCUCUAAUCAAUUUCACGCAUCGACUUUUAUGAGCGACUCUGACCACAACAUUGCUUUUAUCGACGGAAUUUGCUACAAGCGACUUCCAAAACCUGAUGAUUUGGGACGGAGCAAGGACAGCACGAGCUUCUGGCGACUUGCAUGGGUAGAUGAUUACGACGGGUUGACCAAAACCAAUGAGAGUGUGUACCUCCCGCCCGAGGACUACAGACCCAAGAUUUACGACUACUCUCGCCAUCGUCUUUCUCAGCUCGCACAAAUGUGGGUGGUUCAGUUUGCCGUUAAGCACCCGGACCUGUUGAAGAAAAGUCCGGCUAGCAAACAACAUGAACGAUAUGUUGAAUGGAUGAACUGGCUUCUGGAGACUGUCAAGAUCAAAAAUCCCUCAAUAUACAGAAUGUCUCAAGAAGAUCGGGCCAUCGCUAUAGAAACUGAGAGAGCUGUGAGCGACUCUGGCAUUAAACUAUCUUGGGAAAUAUACGGUCAUCUACCUAAGCUUAUGAAUGAUACGCGCUCAGCCAUCGAGAUCAUCAUAGAAAGUGGCCUCCUGAGUCAUCACUAUGAGACUCAACUGGUUUACGAAAAGUUCGAGCGAUUAGUGGAUCUGUUGGGACUUCGUGAUCCGUCAAUGGAAAUCCUUGAAAUCGGCGCUGGGACUGGAUCCGCAACACAGCAUGUACUGAAGUCAUUGUCAAGCGAUGGCAUCCAAAAGUAUCGCAGCUAUACCUUCACAGACAUCUCGCCUUCGUUCUUCGAAGCAGCAGCAGCCAAGUUCUCUCAAUAUCCCGACAUGGGGUACAAGGUAUACAACAUGGAAAGAUCACCGGAAGAACAAGAACUUAAACCAAGCUCCUUCGACCUUGUCAUAGCUUCCUGUGUAGUACAUGUGACGAAUAUCGUCAAUGUUCUGAAGAGCAUUCGUCGACUUCUGAAACCUGAAGGACGUCUGCUCCUUUUAGAGCUCACUGCCGAGCAUCACGACAUCAACUUUACAUUGGGUCUAUUUCCAGGGGUUUUUGAUGGAUAUGAAGAAGGAAGGAAGCGACAUCCCUUCUUGACUCCGGAACAAUGGCACCAAGUCCUUCCUCAAGCUGUAUUCACCGUCCCUGAAGUCUGCGUAAACGAUGUUCCAGAAGAAUGGUUCGCCUUUUCGGUACUUACAGCACGAGCGAUUGAGUCCGCCAACAUCACGCCCCUGGAGGCUACCCAUCCACUCCUCAUGGUCAGUUUAGAUGAUCAUUCAACUUCCUUGUCCAGAAGAGUCCACUUCCACGCUCAACAACGCGGUUCAAUUGCAAACUACACAUCUCUCGAGUCCUUCAGUGAUGCGGAUCUCAUGACCUGUACCAGGGAGACCACAUUGAUCGUCUUAGGCGAGCUGAAACCAGGGCUAGGGAACGAUUCAUACGAUCCUAUGCUGUCUAAAUUAGAAGAGGCGGUGUUCGAGUGCAACAGUGUUUUGAGGGUGACAAGACGAGGGGCAAGUUGGGAUGUUAUUCAAGGGAACUCGGUUUCAACGUCUCCCCUCAAAUUGGAAGAGGCUGGCUCAUUACAACUCAGCUCUAGGAGUCACGGAAAUUCGGCUGAGCUUGGAUUUGAGAUGUGCUCAGAUGACACGCAUGAGCUAACCAACGGACUACUUGAGAUUGAUGUCAAAGCUUUUGGUUUAAAUAUGGAUACUUAUCAAGGAUUAUCCGGCUCCCAAGCAACUAAUAUGCCAAGCUCAGAGAUUACUGGUGUCGUUACAGCUGUCGCAGACGACGUUACUAGCUUCGCUGUUGGAGAUCGGAUAUUCGGACUAUGGCCGGGGCGGUUCGAGAACAAAGUUCGAGUUCCUGCCAUUUUUUGCCAAAAAGCGAGACAUGAUGACUCCUUUGAGAUGGCUGCCACAAUGUCACUGGCUUACUGUACUGCAUGGCAUGCUAUCGUGGAAACCGCUCAAACACAGCCAGGGGAGAUUAUUCUCAUUCAGAGUGCUACUGGUGCUGUCGGAUUGGCUGCUAUCAAUAUCGCACGCAGUAUCGGAGCGAAGGUGUAUGCUACAGUUGGUACUGAGGCGAAACGCGAUAUGUUGAUUGACUCAGGAGUCCCUGCUCGAAACAUGUUCUCAUCGAGAGACAUAUCCGCCGCAAAAGAGAUGGAAGAUGCGACGGCUGGAUAUGGGUUUGACGUUAUCCUCAACGUUUCCUCGGGGGUCUACCUGCAAAAUGUUUCAUGGCCAUUGGUUGCUUCUUUCGGCCGCUUUGUAGAACUGCGGCAAUCCAAGAACGCACUUAUACAAGGUGGCGCCCCUGCGAUGAAGAAGUUAUCUGAAGACGCUACUUUCAUUCAGAUUGACAUCAUAGGCCUGUGCCGUAAGAAACCACAAGUCAUCACCCGCAUCAUGACUGCCAUCGGGACAAGGUAUCGCGAUGGUAUUUUCGCCAGUUUGCCUCAUACAACACUACCUAUCUCACUAAUCAAGGAAGCUCUUUCUGAUUUUGCUAGAUUUGAGCAUAUCGGAAAGCUGGUUCUACGCUACUCGGGUACCGAUGUUGUCCCGGUAUUUCCCAGUCUGAAGUUCACUGAGUUCCGCGAAGAUGGGAGCUAUCUUGUCAUCGGCCCAUUGACGACAAUUGCUAUUGAAUUCAUUCACUGCAUGAUCCGGAAAGGAGUACGCCGGCUGGUAUUUCUAGGAUCCAGGCGGUCAUUGGGCACUGACAAUGUGUUCAUUGAUGGCCUUACGGCUGCGGGCAUUUCUGUAACUUGCGUUCAUGGAUCUGCAGCAAACAUCAAUGACGUUCGUCACGCCAUGUCUUCUCGUAUUUUUAGAAUUAUCGAGCUCACUGGGCUUCACGGUCCAGAGGGUCCUGACGAGAAAACAGCCUACAGCGAGGAUGAUAGAGAAGUGACAGAAAAGGCCAAUGCUCUGGCUAAUCUCCAUUCUGUCAGUCUAGAGAAAGGCUACGAGCUCGAUUUCUUUUCCAUUCUAACUUCAACGCUACCAACCUCGCAAACCAUGGAUACGUCUUUCGGCCUUGCUGCAAAUAGGUUCUAUUGA